AACUUUAGCGGCAACAAUAAAAAAUAUAGUAAAUUCCGGGAGUGAAAUUUGAUAUAGAUUUUUUGUAAUAAAAACUUUGAAAUAAUUUGGGAUUAAUUAGUCAUUUAAUGAAAAGUAAAGUGAAAAAUCAUAAGGUGAAUUACAACAAAUAAAAUUAUAGAUUUUAGUGAACGACACGGCAUCAAAAUUUAAUUGCAUGCAUGCGGGUUAAAUUAGUUAAAUUAGUUAAAUAUUGAAAAUGUUAAAUAAAAACUUAAAUAACAUAAUAAAAUUCAAAAGAAACUGAAUAAAAUAUAAAGUUUUCUUUUAUGAAAAGUGUGAAUCCUAGACUAUUUUAAUUCAGAAUAUAUAAAAUUAUAAAAAAUCAAAUUAAAAUGAACAAUUGAGUAAAUAAAUGAUAUAGUUUUGCUAAUAUUGACUGAAAACCGAAAUCUGCCGUCAACAAAAGAAAACGAAAAGUUAACACACAAAAACCAACGUCAUCAAUAAAUAAUCUAUUGAAUCAAACAACCUUCACACGGAAGAAAGCGGCAACUGAAGAAAGCAACUGCUGAUAGAACCACGAGAAUGUAAAAAAAAAUAUAUUCGAGCAGAGACAACCACAAAACAUUUCUUCAAAUAUUAAUAGUGAGAAGAAACAAUGACCGCAUACAAUUGCAAAGAAACUCUCUUGGUUAUUGUAGAGUCUCUAGAGAAAACAUGUUUAGUAGUAGACUGACGAUCACCUAGUAGAUGUGCAAAAUUUUCUUUGGAUAAAGUCAAUUGGUUUACAAACUAAACAUUUAACUAAACCACCGGACAUAAAAUUUGAAAUCUAUUCGUUUAGUAAUCACACAACCACGGAACUUUAAAAGUGCUCUGUCUUAUUGAACGCGGUGCUUUUAAUUGUUUUGUUUUAAUUUGCGAAAUAAAUUUAAAACAAAUAGAUACCAAAUGUGUCAUCAACAACUUGGUUAUCAGCAAAUUGUGAAAGAAAACUAAAAAAUACUAAAUUAAAUAUAAUAAAAAAGAAUAGAAAAUAUAUUAACAUACGCCGUACAAUAUCAUAAUAUACUGUAUAUCAGUGCCAAAAGACGACCGUAAACAAUCUAAGAAAAGAAAGAGUUAAUUAUAAAAAAACGUGUACGCGGGCCGCCAUACGAUUCCAGACGAAAGUCAUAAAACAAAGUUUGCGUUGUUGGCAAGCAAAUAAAGUGAAGAAUAAAAUAAAUAUUCUAUUCAAAAUACAUUGUAUAUGUACAAAUUAAAGUAAAUUCAGAUGCUUGAAUAAUAACAGUUCUUAGAAAAAUAUCUUACUUGCCUUUUAAGUGAAAAUCACAAGAUUUGUUAAAGAAAUAAAUUUGUUUAAAUGACUACCUCGACUAUAAAACGUCGACGUUCGCCGUCUUCAAAAACGCCACCAUCCGAGACAACCACCAACGGCGAUAGCAUGUCUUCAUCAGUUAGUACUGUUAUAUCAAAAACUGAUUCCCAAGAAUCGGACAAUGUCAAUUGGGAUGCUGUUGGUAGCACUUAUAUAAAUCCGUUUAUACAUCGUGUUAAUAUUGAUAGUAAUGUAGAAUUAGCUAAGAUUUAUGUACUUACAGUUUUAUUAGUGCCCAUACGUGUUGUAGGCGUUGUACUCUCAUUACUUUCCGCUUGGAUGUUUGCCUGCAUCGGUUUAUAUGGCACAACAGUCGAGGAAAUAAACAAACGACCUAUAACUGGUUGGCGCAAAAAUAUUCAAUAUUUAGUGGCUGGUGCCAUGCGUAUGUUAUAUUCGGCUGGCUCAUUCCAAUAUAUAACGUACAAAGGAGAAAGAGCUUCGGCCAAGGAGGCUCCUAUUUUGGUUGUGGCACCACAUUCGUCAUAUGUUGAUUCAAUAAUUGUAGCAGCAACUGGACCACCGGCCAUUGUGGCUAAAAGAGAAACCUCCGAAAUACCAUUGUUGGGAAAAAUUAUCAAUUACGCCCAACCCAUUUAUGUACAAAGAGAAGAUCCAAAUUCUCGACAAAAUACCAUAAAAGAAAUUGUCAAUCGUGCCAGAUCGGAUGAAGAUUGGCCACAAGUGGUCAUAUUUGCCGAGGGAACAUGUACAAAUCGCAAAGCUCUUAUAAAAUUUAAGGGCGGUGCCUUCUAUCCUGGUGUACCAGUACAACCCGUUUUAUUGAGAUAUCCCAAUAAAUAUGAUACAUUUACCUGGACUUGGGAUGGACCAGGAGUAUUUCAUCUAUUGUGGCUGACAAUGGCUUCAUUUUUUAACCGCUGUGAAAUCGAAUAUUUGCCUGUAUAUGUACCCUCUGAGGAAGAAAAAGCCGAUCCAAAUUUAUAUGCCAGAAAUGUGAGAGAAGUAAUGGCCAAAUCUUUAGGUGUACCCACCUCAGAAUAUUCCUUUGAAGAUGUUAUUAUGAUGAGCAGAGGUCGUGACUUAAAAAUACCCAUUUCGGGUGAUAUUGUUGAAAUUGAAAGAACCCUUCAUAUUUUAGGACUUUUAACUUCAGAUCAUGUCAUCGAAUUGACAAAUAAAUUUAAGAGCAUACCAAAUAAUGAUAAAUUAGAUGUUAUUACAUUCUCAGAAUUAUUAAAUGUUAAUUUAAAAAAUCCUAAUCUACAUCAUCUAUUCAGCAUUUUGGAUUAUCGCCAUGUGGGCACGGUUAGUUUAAAGAAUUUCAUUUUGUGCUGCCUGUUUUGCAAAUAUAGCAGUGUAGAGACUAUUGAAUUUUUGAAGUUUGUUAAGAAUCUUUACGCCGAAUCGGAGAGCAUUACACGCAAAGAAUUUGCAAAAAUGUUAAGACAUUCGGGUAAAUUGACACCAAAACAAAUUGAGACACUAUUUGUAAAAAUCGAUCAUACAAAUAGUGGCUAUAUUACAUUCGAUGAUUUCGACAGAUAUUGCCGUGACAAAUCUCAGUAUACAUUCUUGUACAAAAAACAUGACUACAUACGAAGAAAAAUUGAGAAAUCAUAAAUAACUACACCAACAACCAACCACCCUCAAUAUUUAAUUUAUUUUGAAAUUUAGAUUUUAUGCCAGAUUUCACUCGCGAAUAACAUACAUCAAUAAGGAAGUAAUCUUAUGAACUUAUUUUAGUUAAUUUAAAACAAAAAUUUUGUUCUAAGUUUAGAAUACAUAUUUUGAUUUUUUUUACAUACAUUAUUAUUACAUUUAAAUUAUCUCUAUAAGCUUGAAUUUAAGUUCUUGUAAAUGUUCUUAAAUUACAAACAAAGAAAAAAUAUAUGAAAGAAUGAAGUUUGGUUUGCACUUUAAAAGUGGUUGUGCAACAACAUUUACACCCAAGCCAGCGCACUUAGUAAUUUAUAGAAAUGUGAUUUCACUAUGUAAUGUAGCAAAUUAAUUAAAAAUUUAAGUCAAUUUAUAAUCUCCUCCUUUAGUUCAAGUUUUUCAAUUUGUAUGUAUUGUAAAGAGCAUAAAAGGUAAAAGCCAAUUUGUAAUAAAAAAAAAAUAAUUGCGUAGUUUUAAAUUCAAGGUAAAUUGCAUUAAAAUUUGUUGUUCAAAAUGAAAUAUUUAUUUACUUGUUAUUGAAAUUUUUCUUUAAAAUUUAUUAAUAUGUUCUUAACAAUCAAUAUAAAUGUAAUUUAACUUUUUUGUUGUAAUAAUAUUCGUUCCUAAUUGUACUUGGAAUAUAGACAUUUAAAUCAAUUCAUUUAAAUAUCAUUUCAUUGUACUUAAAGCAGCUAUUAACAUUUACAUAAAUAUAUACAUAUUUUUUAACUCCAAAUAAAAUAUGUAUAUUGAAAUAUUAUUUAAACUAAAUACUCUUUUCAUUACUUUACAGAAAUAUAUGUAUAUGCUUAACUCCAAAAACAAAAUAUGUACAUUGAAAUAUCAUUUAAACUACAUAAUAUUUCCUUCCUAGUUAAACAAUAAAUAUUAAUAUUUUUUUUUUUAUUUUUUGUCUACAUUUAUUUGAAAGUAAUGAUGAAAUAUUAUUAUAAUAUUUAAGAUGAAGAAGCCUAAAAUUAUAAAAUAAAAUAUAUAUUAAAAUUAAAA